AACAACUAGGAGGAUCACCGAUCUCUAUAAAUUAGUAAGUAUAGUGCCUAGGUAGUUAACACCUUAUUGAAAAGAAAGAUUAUCGGCUCCGCUGUUUGCACUGUCCUACCUCCAGUACUCUCCAAGGUGCCUGCUCAUCACGUUUAGAGUUUAAACAUUCCUCGUCUCCCUUUCCAAUGACUAAGUGUUCCUUCCCCUCCAACUCCCCUCCUCCAUCCUCCAUCCUCAUCAUCGGGUCUGGUGUAUUUGGCCUCAGUACCGCCUACGCCCUCGCCCGUAGAGAUGUCUUCUCCCGGACUUCCAUAACGGUCGUCGAUAGGGCUGCGGGAGACAGUUCGAACUGUGACCCCGUCUUCCCGGCGAGGGACGCGUCUAGCAUCGACAGCAGUCGAAUAAUCCGGAGCGACUACGCCGAUCCCGCUUACACGGCCCUCGCCGCCGAGGCCCAGAAGCAAUGGAGAAAGUCUGACUGCCCAGACGACCUCGGUGCCGAAGGCAGAUACACCGAGAGUGGCUUGGUAUUGGUAGCUGAUGACAUACCAUCCCAAAGCCCGGCCCAGAGCCCUCCCGCCGCAAAGAAAGGUGCUCCACCUGCCCAGCAGCAAAAGGCCAAGAAAAAUGGCCUGGGCUAUGUGCGUGCAAGCUGGGAGAGCGUGGUCGCCCUGUCCGCCCAUGACCCCGAGCUCGCCAGCCGGAUCCGUGAACUCCCCGAUGCAGCGGCCAUCCGCGAUGCCGUUGGCACUGGGGGCUCAUCUGGCUCUUGGGGGUAUCUGAAUGGCUGUGCAGGAUGGGCCGAUGCCGAGAAGAGCAUGUCCUGGCUGUACGAGAGAGUUCUCCGGACCGGCCGUGUCGAGUUCAUCAAGGGGACAGUGACCAGCCUUGUGCACGGCGACAGAACCGUCACGGGUGCUAUGCUCUCUGACGGGCGCACCCUGUCGGCAGACCUCGUCGUCCUUGCCACUGGUGCGUGGACUGCCUCGUUGCUCGACCUGUCGGGCCAGGCUACCGCUACGGGGCAAGUGCUUGCCUACAUGGACAUCAGUGAGGAGGAGGAGCAGCAGCUGGCCAAGAUGCCUACUUUACUCAACCUGACUACAGGUCUAUUCAUCAUCCCGCCCUCCAACCGUGUACUCAAGAUCGCGCGGCACGCAUAUGGCUAUCUCAAUCCCACAGAUCUGGCCACGGCCCCACUGCUGCCGUCUUCCGACACGCCCGACUCUGAUGAGCCGUGGACCAUUUCAUACCCUCUGACUGCAGCCUCUGAUCCGGCGCUCUCAAUCCCCAACGAGGGCGCCGCUGCCCUCCGCCAGGCACUGCGGGAGAUGAUCCCUCUGCCCGCCCUGCACGACCGCCCGUUCUCCAGCACGCGGCUCUGCUGGUACACCGACACCGCUGCUGGCGAUUUCAUCAUCUCGUAUCACCCGCAUUACGACGGCCUAUUUGUGGCGACUGGCGGGAGUGGCCACGGGUUCAAGUUCAUGCCUGUCCUGGGAGACAAGAUCGUCGAUAGCAUCGAAGGACGCUGCCCAGCCGAGUUCAGGGAGAAGUGGGCUUGGAAGGGGACCACGCAAGUGCGCAGUGUCUGGGACCCGGUGGCCACAGAGGACGGGAGUCGAGGCGGCGAGCCCGGGCUGAUUCUGGCGGAAGAGUUGCGCAAACCGGACCACGCUACUUGACAUACGUGUGCGGCCUUGGAGUGGAUAUUAGGAAACCCGGGCAGAUCAUGCUAUGUCAGGUAUGAGCACUGGGCACUAGAGAAGGCAAUAGAUUUGCAUGAUGUGGAUGACAUUUCUUAGAAAAAGCUACAAAAGCAGGGACCUCCUGAGCCAACCCAUACCAUGAGGUAGGAAAACAGCCCGAGGAGAUAUCCCAGCAGCAGCUAUAGAUGAUAUGCCAUCGUGACCCUAAGCUGGGUCGACGCAUUUUUUUUGGUUUCUUGUUCCCCAGGC